AUGAACUAUGACCUCGCCCUCAGCACCCCCCUACCCGGUUUUGUUCUGUUUACAAAUGAGGAGCGAGAACGAAUCCUGCUGGAAGCACAAAAACUUGUUCCUGGUCCAACAGGGGUACCCACCAUAAACCCCACUGACAUCAAUGCUGGAUUUCCCCUCGUCUUCCCCAAUUGGGAUUAUAACACAGGAGAAGAGGCCAAUGGGCCUACCUCAAGUAAGCGAUCUUGGGUCCAAGGUGCCACUAGGACCAAACAGUAUUCAUGGACUACCCAAAAAUCAGUAGAUUUAGGUGUGGGCCGGGUAACCCACUCUUUCAUGAUAAUCCCAGACUGUUCUUACCCCCUGCUGGGGAGAGACCUUUUAUCAAAAAUGAGGGCCCAGAUUCAUUUUGGCCUGCAAGGAUCACAACUCUUAAGUUCGGACGGGAAGCCUAUUGACGUCCUCUCCCUCCAACUAGCUGAUGAGUACCGCUUAUAUGAGGAGUCCCUAACUCCUGAUACCCACAUUGACCAGUGGCUCAAGAAAUACCCACAAGCCUGGACUGAAACUAGGGGGGCUGGAAACCAUCACCCACCCAUAUUUGUUGAACUCAAACCUGGGGCUGACCCAGUUGCAGUUAGACAGUACGCCAUGCCUCAACAAGCCAAGGAGGGGAUUAAACCCCACAUCCACCGCCUUUUAAACCUGGGCGUUUUAAGGGUCUGUCAGUCUGCCUGGAACACUCCUUUGCUCCCUGUCAAAAAGCCUGGUACUUAUGACUAUAGGCCAGUGCAAGACCUCAGGGAGGUUAACAAACGGGUAAUGGAUAUGCAUCCAACUGUCCCUAACCCGUACACUCUUCUGAGCUCCCUGCCACCUGAGAAGCAGUGGUAUACAGUCCUUGACCUCAAGGAUGCCUUUUUCAGCCUGGCCCUGGCCCCCAAAAGUCAAGAAUAUUUUGCUUUUGAGUGGCAUGAUCCUGAUAUUGGCAUUAACGGGCAGCUGACGUGGACUCGACUCCCUCAGGGGUUCAAAAACUCCCCUACCAUCUUCGAUGAGGCACUGCAUGAAGACUUGGGUGAGUACCGGAGGGAAAACCCUGAUAUUAUGUUGUUGCAGUAUGUUAAUGAUCUCCUGAUCACAGCCACCUCUGAAGAAAGCUGCCUUCAGGGAACUAAAAAUCUACUCCUGAUGUUGGGCAAGUUGGGAUAGAGAGUCUCUGCUAAAAAGGCUCAAAUUUGUAAGCCCCAAGUUACUUAUUUUGGAUACAUCCACAAGGAUGGACAUAGAUGGUUGUCUCCGGCCAGAAAGGACACCAUCCUCCACAUACCCCCACCUAAAAACCCCAGACAGGUAAGAGAGUUCUUGGGGUCAGCGGUUUGCAUAUUGUGGAUUCCAGGCUUUGCAGAAAUUUCUAAGCCCUUGUAUGAACUGACCAAAGACAAGAGUGAGUUUCAAUGGACCCCUGAACAUCAACAAGCAUUUGAAACUCUAAAAACAGCUCUCUUGUCGGCACCAGUGCUGGGGCUUCCUGACAUUACUAAGCCUUUCCACCUGUUUGUGGAUGAAAGUAAAGGGGUAGCCAAGGGUGUACUGACCCAGACGCUAGGACCCUGGAAAAGGCCGGUGGCCUACUUGUCCAAAUGCUUGGACACAAUAGUGGCUAGAUGGCCCCCAUGUUUAAGGACUGUGGCUGCAGUGGCGUCUUUAGUUAAGGACACUGACAAAUUAACUCUGGGACAAGCUCUUGCCGUGACCACCCCCCAUGCAAUCGAGAGGGUACUAAAACAACCACCUGACCGGUGGCUCAGCAAUGCCCAAAUAACUCAUUACCAGACUCUGCUACUCAACCCAGAUAGAAUUCUCUUCCAGCCUCCUUCUUCACAUAAUCCGGCCAUGCUCCUACCCAAUCCCAAUGCAGACCUCCCACUUCAUGACUGUGCUGAGAUCCUGGCCUAGGAACACUGCUUCCGAGAAGACUUGACGGAUGUGCCUCUUCAAAACGCAGACCAUACCUGAUUCACGGAUGGGAGUAGCUUCAUCCAGGAUGGAAAAAGAAAAGCAGGAGCGACUGUGACUACCAACAAUAAGGUAAUUUGGGCCCAACCCUUACCUCCAGGGACCUCAGCCCGACGGGCUGAGUUAAUUGCCCUGACCAAGGCACUAACUUUGGGAAAAGACUUAAGAGUCAACAUCUAUACAGACAGCAGGUACACUUUCGCAACGGCCCAUGUGCAUGGAGCUAUUUAUCAAGAAAGGGGUCUCCUGACCUCAGAGGGAAAGACUAUUAAAAACAAACAAGAAAUCAUGGACCUUCUACAGGCCCUAUGGCUACCAAAAAGGGUGGUCAUUAUCCACUGCCCUGGCCACCAGAAAGGAGAUCACCCCGUUGCUAAGGGAAACAACCUGGCUGAUAAAACAGCCAAGGGAGCAGCCCUCGAACCCAUUGCCAUGAGCAAAUUCUUCAAAGGAUGGUGGAGGGACUCAGAUAGGAAGUUAAUCUUCCCUAAAGCCCUGGCAGAAAAGAUACUACAUAAAACACACCAGACCACCCAUAUGGGGACUAGAAGAAUGCUGGAUGUGGUCUGACAAUCUGAAGUAACCACCAAGGACUUACACAUCAAGAUUAAAGAAAUUGUUCACUCAUGCAAGAUGUGCCAACUCACUAAUGCCUAUCCAAAUCCCAAAAGCCUGGGCCAACGCCUUCGAGGUAGGAGACCAGGGGUCUACUGGGAAAUUGACUUCACUGAAGUAAAACCAGGCAAGUAUGGCCAUAAAUAUCUAUUAGUCUUUAUAGAUACUUUCUCAGGAUGGACUGAGGCCUUUCCUGCCAAGAGCGAGACAGCCACUAUUGUGGCAAAGAAAUUAUUGGAAGAGAUCCUGCCAAGGUAUGGUUUUCCUCAGCUUAUAGGGUCACAUAACGGACCAGCAUUUGUGUCUAAGGUAAGUCAGGGAAUCACACAGUUCAUUGGGGCUGAUUGGAAAUUACAUUGUGCAUAUAGACCCCAAAGUUCAGGACAGGUAGAAAGAAUAAAUAGAACGCUAAAAGAGACCUUAACUAAAUUGACCUUAGAGACUGGCGAAGACUGGGUAGCCCUCCUUCCCUUCGCCCUGUAUCGGGUGCAAAACUCUCCCUACCAAAUGGGUUUAACUCCCUUUGAAAUUAUGUAUGGAAAACUUGCCCCUAUUAUCCCAAACCUCCAGGCAGCAUCCCUAAUGGGCAUAGAGGAUAACAAUAUGUUGCUGGAAACCCGAGCUAUUCAAUGGUCUCACGAACGUGUAUGGCCAAAAUUACGUGCUCUCUAUGAAUUAGGUCCACCUCCAGAGCCUCACCAGUACCGCCCUGGCAACUGGGUCUAUGUCAAAUGCCAUCGGCAAGGAAACCUUGAGCCGAGGUGGAAAGGACCUUACAUCAUCCUGUUGACCGCUCCAACCGCCUUGAAAGUGGAUGGAAGAGCAGCCUGGAUUCACUAUACUCACGUGAGACCAGCUGACCCCUUCCAUGUCCCAGAAGGCAGCAUCAACCCAGAGGGGCAACAAUGGCAGUUGCACCCAGAUAAAAGAAACCCACUCAAGCUGCGACUCUCCCGCCAAACAUCAGAUUCACUGCUAUAG